GGAAACACAUAAAGGAUCUGUUUUCGGAAUAAGCUUCUGUGAUGCUGAUGACUCAUCAUUUCUAACCUGGGGAUCUGAUGGUAAAGUCAAGACUUGGAGCAUUUUGUCACGUCCUACUGAUGCGUCACACUUGAUCUUGCAUACACCACGAAAGGACACAGACCUUGUUCCCAGUAGACCCAAAGACAAGAUGGUGAAUGGAGUUGAUUGGACCAGUCCACCUUUUAAGGAUCUGGCGAACAACUAUAUCGCGAUUGCUAAUGAAGACCGAUCAAUAACGUUGUGCAAUGUGAGGCCUACACUGGUGGAUAAAAUCUUUCAUGAUAUUGGCCAAGUGGGGUUAGUCUUAUGUGGGCAUAAAAAGAGUGUCACUUGUCUCAGCUGGUACCGAGGGCAUCCUGAUAAAAAACUCCGUCUAGCAUCAAGCUCUAGAGAUGGAACAAUCAAGGUGUGGUGUCUCCAGAGAUCAACGGAACCAUCUUCAUCGCAAAAGAAAAAAUGAGCACAACGAGAUGCUCAUAUCAGCAUUCACGUGUUCAGGCUGAUAUCAUCACCCAACUGUUGAGCUUGUUUUAUUGCUGUGAUUGUUGAAGACUAGGUAGUUUGAGUUAGAAGGUGUUUUUCCCUCCAGCUUUUGUAGUGUAACCUGAUUACAACAUUAUUAGAUACCAUUAAAAAUCCUGCUUGUUCUGGUUGCCCCGUAAUCUGAUAAUACUGUUUCAGAUGACCUAUGCUACAAGUACGACUAAAUUUGUAUGAAGUUGGCACAAUUAGACUUAUCUAGUUUUGUGGGCCAUAGGAAGUAACACUUGAUUCUCUUUGGUCGUACAAAAAUCAGACGA